CUCUGCAUCGAAGCUCUCAAACCUCUCCUCUCCUCUCGUCUUUUUCUUAAUCUCUCUCUGAACACUGACUAAAUUUGUUGCUUUUUUACUCAACAAACACAAGGACCCCUAGUAUAUCUCUUACCCCAUGGACAUUAUUAUAUGCACAUUCUCUCACAUAUACAGAGUAGCCAUGUUUUUUCGCAAUUCCACCACCUUUUCCCGCUCACUACCACCUUAAAAAAAGUAUCUUUCUCCGACGAAAGCUUCUCUCACCUUUUUUGAAUUUUGAGUGACGAUCUAAGUAGAUAUGAUAGGUACUGUUCGUUCGUUUGAAGAUCAUUUUCGUAAUAUCAAUUAUUGAACACCCAAAAGAUUUGAAUUUCCGAACAAGAUGGAAAUCCAACGACACAAAUCAACACCUCCCGGAAAACCCAUUCUCAAUCGACGCCUUACAAGAAGAGAAAGAAAACUUGCUCUGCUUGAAGAUGUGGAUAAACUGAAGAAAAAGUUAAGACAAGAAGAAAACGUACACAGAGCACUUGAAAGAGCUUUCAGUCGACGUUUAGGAACUUUACCUCAUCUCCCUCCUUAUCUUCCUCCACAGACUUUGGAGCUGUUAGCUGAAGUAGCUGUUCUUGAAGAAGAAGUUGUACGUUUGGAAGAAGAAGUAGUAAAUUUCCGACAAGGUUUAUAUCAAGAAGCUGUUUAUCUAUCAUCAAGAAUCAGCAUCGGGAAUUCCGACAACGACCCAUCAGAAGAACAAUCUUCAAAAACUACAACUUUUAAGCAAAAUGAUGAAUCAAAAUCCUCGAUUUCCCAAAUUGAAGUCGAAUUUGAAGCAUCCAAACCACCUCAACAUAAGCCCUUGAAUUCCCUCUUGCGAAGUGGUUCAUGUAGAUCAUCAUACUCUCAUAGAAUCGGGAGCGAUUUCUUGAAUAGGGUUGUUGAUACUGCUGAUUUGAAGAAACUUGAUUCGUCAAUUGGAGAUGAUAGUGUUUUAGUGAAGAGAUCUCCUCAAAAUAAGCCUGAAAUUGUCGAAAAACGCACUCCUAAACCACAGAAUAGAUUAAUGGAUCAAGAAAGGGCACAAGAAAGUUGUUCAAGUUCAUCUUCAAGUGAUAGAAUCAUGGAAGCAGAAAGCGAAUGCAACAAAAUAUCUGAAAAUGUUUUAAACUGUUUGAUUGGAAUCUUUUUAAGAUUAAGCAAAUUGAAAGCAAAAACAAUGGAUGCUGAAGCUUUUUCAAAUCUAAUGACAUUGGAUUUGACUGGAGUUGACCGAGGACCUGGUUUUAGGGAUCCUUAUGGUGUUUGUUUGAAAUCUAGAAAGAGAGAUAUUGGUCCUUAUAAAGAUCUUUUUGCAAUUGAAUCUGGAUCGAUUGAUUUUAAAAAGAAAAAGAAUGCAUCCCUUUUGAUUCGUAGACUCAAGCUUCUUCUUGAGAAAUUAGCUUCUGUUAACUUAGAGGGAUUGAUGACACAUCAGCAAAAGCUCGCGUUUUGGAUAAAUGUUUACAAUAUUUGUAUGAUGAAUGCUUAUUUAGAGCAUGGAAUGCCUGAGAGUCCUGAAAUGAUGCCAACACUAAUGCAAAAGGCAACAAUAAAUACAGGAGGGUAUUUGUUAAACGCAGUCACAAUUGAGCAUUUUAUCUUGCGACUUCCUUAUCGAUUCAAACUUUCAUACCCAAAAUCUCCAAAAAAAGAUGAGACUGAAAUCCGUGACAAAUUUGGGUUGGAAUGGUCCGAACCAUUGGUCACAUUUGCACUAUGCAGCGGUACCUGGUCUUCCCCUGCAGUGAGAGUAUACACAGCGUCACAAGUAGAAAACGAGUUAUCGACAUCAAAGCGAGAAUAUCUUCAAGCAUCAUUUGGGAUAACAAAAACAAAUAAAUUAAUAAUACCAAAAAUGUUAGAUUGGUAUUUAUUAGAUUUUGCAAAAGAUUUGGAAGCUUUAAUGGAUUGGGUUUGCCUUCAAUUACCAAGUGAGUUAAGGAAACAAGCACUUAUGUGUCUUGAAAAAAGAGGAAGAGGAAUAGAACCUCUUGCGAAUAAAGUUCAAGUCAUGGAUUAUGAUUAUAAAUUCAGGUAUCUUAUUCAAAGAUGAUAAAAUUAUAUGCCAUUUUUGGACACAUGAAGUUGAAGAUAAAUCAUAUAUUAUGCAUUAAAAUAGAGCAAUUCGAUGUAAUGAUGUUACAUUUUUUUGUUUUGUUAUUGUUGUUGUGAAGAGUUUGUUAGUGUAGAAUGGAAGGGGGUUUGUACAUAGUACAUAUGAGUACAAUAUACAUAAAGAAAAAAAUUUGGGGUCAUUAGGGUGUUGG